GCUUUAAAGUUUGCUACAAAUACCACAAUAGGUGGAAUUUUUACCUUCUUCACAACGGCUUUAUGCUCAGUAUGAGAAGUUUGGAAUUCUAGAUCCCCAACAGAAGAAAGAAUAUCAUACCUGUUAGUCGAAAUUUCAGUGUCACUUGGAGGAGAUGCCUCACGUUUCCUUGAUGCCGCAUCAAAGCGAGCUUUUUUGUUUUUUCCAGGCAUAACUGGACAACUUCACUACAAUUUCACUUCACUAUAGAAUUUAAGUAGAAAUAUGACAUUUGCCAGUUUCAUUUCCAAUUUUACAGAAUAUACCCCAGUAUAGAAAACCAAGACGCAGCCCCAUUUUGAAACUAGCAAUGGGCGAUAUUGUAUCGGUAUCGGAAAUAUCGAUACUUUUCAGGCGAUACUUCGAUUUUUUGGAUCGAUACACAAGCGUCCGAUACUCGACCGUAUCGAUACUGAAAACCGCGAUUUUUGUAUCGAUAUUCUUUUAUGCAUACGGACCAGCUAGCUGACAUCGCGCCAUGUUACAAGAGCUAACAUCUCAAUGUGUACACGAGAUCACCGCCACUUUUCAUACGCUAUGUUAUGCUGUCUAUCAGUGUCAGUGGAGCCCACACAUCGUAGAACCGCUGCGAUGUUAGCUGCGAUAAAGCAAAGCAAAUCGGAUAGAGAUGCCAGCUAGUUGAUACGAGCUGGAACAACUGAAAAGCUGCCACUGUCAGUAUAAAUAUCGCACAAGUCUAUUUGCACUAGCAAAACUUAGAUGGAGAAAUAGAUAGAGAGAAUGUUGUGAGCCAAACGAACUGUCAAAAUCUAAGCCAAGCGCAGCAUAGGGUCAAAUUCGAAAUUUGUUUUACUUAAGCCAAACAUUUAAAGCCAAAAAGGAGUGCUCAAUAAUAACGUGUUCUCAAAUACUUUCAAAAAUAGGCAUAGCUCUAGGUUGCAUUAUUAAGCCACAAAAUUUAUAUUGUUUCUCUGACAAUUGAUUAAAAUAUUGUUUGUUUAUAUUUAUACUCAGCUUCAUUUGUUUUUAUUUGAAUCAAUUCUACUUUCUGCGUUUAAAUGCAUCCACAAACCCCUCAAACGAAAUUCAACGUUAUCAGAAAUGAUGUUUGGCUUCGAUUUAGUUGGGCUAUAACCCAACGAGCGGGAGCCCAACUUAAACGUAGCCCAACUAAACAUAGCCCAACGAGCGAAAUUUGACUGUAUUUCAAAAACAAAUAUAAGUUUUCUGGUUACACUGUUCAGAUCGAAUAUUGGCAAGCGGAAACUAACUCAUGCUUUCCGUCGACACAAGUUAGAGUUCAAGUGAAAAAUAAAAUUGCAAUAUUAAUUAGUUAGAAAAAUUCAGCGGUAGACUUCACUAUCUUAUUUUCGCUGACAUAUCUAACUUUUUUAUGUCAUCAACUUCCUCAUCAAUUAAUAUGGAAGUGUGUCAAUAAUUUAUACAAAUAAGACGGGAGCUUCACAGCCCAUUGGGCCAGUGAAUACAAAUCUUGAAGAUAUAAGUUGUUUAAUUCAUUUGUUUGCCAAAGCUCACAAUUUCUGCAUUACCUGUAUGUAUUUGUUUGUGAAGUCAUUUGAUUCAUGCUGCUCUAGAGAAUGCGGAUGGAUACCAGAAAAACAACAAAAAGUCGGCACAUCAAAUUUUCAUUGCUGGAAACCACCAAAAUUUUGCUGAUUUUUGGUGUGCUGUGCUUCCAGCAAUCUGUUCAGCAAAAUGAAAUUUGCUAAUUAUUCAGUAAUGCUCAAUUGCAUAGGUCGUUUGCUGCAUGUUCAGUAAAACAAAAUACAACUUGCUAGUUGUCAGCUAUGACAAUUUGUUCAAGGGAACCAUGUUUCCGUCAGGCACUAGAUUCCAUCCGCCCAUCGGAUCAUAGGCAAAUUACUGUUGAACUAGAGAUGUAUGAUUAUCAUUUCAACUUUUAAGUUCAUCUAGCCCAUCAAGGACUUAGCUAUAAUCCCAUAUUCGCUAUCAGGAGCUUACGAUGAUCCCGUACCAGCUGCACAGCGAUUUGGCGCGUUUUACUAAUGACAGCUUGACGUAAAUUUUUUGCCAUAUCAAUUCUUUUGCUGGAUUCCAGCAAACAUUCAUUUACUGUUUUCUGUUCAACAAAUAGUUUUGCUGUAUUUUCGCGAAUCACUGAAUCGAUUACUGGUUUUCAGUAAAUGUAUUUAUCAAAAAUUCAAAAAAUGAUCUCGGCUAUUGUAUCGAUACUUCUGGUAUCGAUACUUUUUGACCGAUAUUCUGAAUAUCUCGAUACUUUCGAUUCUUCGGGUAUCGAUACUGAAGUAUCGAUACUCUCCGUCGUAUCGCCCAAUGUUACUUUAAAACAAAACAAAGUGCCAAACAUAAGUAAAAUCAUGAUUGUCCCAAAACAUAUUUAACCCUCUCCCGCUCACAAGGUUUAUCAUUAAAAUUUAUAGCUUCACGAGAAAAUUCAAGCUGAACACUUUGUAGACUAACUAAAAUUACUGUCAACUGUAGUAUUUUGAAGUAUGCCCAGUGAUGCUCUGAGGCAGCAUAUAAAAGUUUAUGGAACAAUCGUAAGCACAACAAACUAUUUUAUGUCAAGAUAUGAUGAUUAGAAUUCUUGGUGCUCUAGAGUCACCAUGAGCGGGAAAGGGUUAAUGGAUAAUCUCAGCUGUUCUGCUUAAAACAACGUAAACGCAGCAAACGAGAAGACACUUCUACUACUGUUCAGCUUAUGUAAUACUACUGGUAUGGGUGAUGUUAUGAACCGGCAGACCAAAAGGGAUACGCAAAAAAGAUAAACACUGCGUGCACAAACGUAGAUUACAUGCAAGCGCAGAGUUGCCAAUAAAAUUUUUAUUUGAACUGGAAGAAUGCUAAAGAAAAAACUGGAAAAACUGGAUUUCAAAAAAAUUUAAUGAAUAGCAUAAAAAAUGCAGUAGAGCUUCUCUGUGAUGGUUACAAAAUCCAAUGCUAGUUUUAAAUAAAGCAAAAAAUCACUCAUUUCAAUCAGAACUAAUCUGUUUCGGGUUUCCUUUUCUUUUAAUUUUAUUGUUAUCUCCUAUAAAUUUGAAACUGCCUAAUCAAUUUAUCUCAAAAUCAUGAAAAUGAACUUCACUUCAACUUUCAACUAGAGUACUGAUGCAACAUUUUUUCACGUUACAUCUGUGAAGUUUAAGUUCCAACUAUCUUUGAGUUCGCUAUCUUUUGGUAUCUAAUUAUACGAACAUAUUUUAAACUGCUACGCAACAGAAAUUAUUUUGAAGAAUGCCGCCUGUAUAUGACAUUUUUGAGAUCGAUUGUUUUUAUUUUUAAAUAACAUAUUAAGCUACCAUUGGAAUUGAUUUUUUCCACGAUCUGGUAAAAUCUAUCCGUUAGUUUCUGAAUAAAGCUUAUCUUACUUUCCUUUUUCAUCUCAUCAAUGCUAUGUAGUUUAUAUUUUGGCCGUGUUUCGAGAAAAUAGAAUAGGCUGGAAACGUAGAUAAGAACUGUUACAAUGAUUUAACACAACAUUUACACUUUUAACACAACAUUUACGUUCUAAAAAGAUUUCCGAAAACCAAUCGGAGCUUGAGUACAUGAAAAAUCUGGGUAAACUGGGAAAUAAACAAAAAAAAACUGGAAAAUUCUGGGAUUAAACUGUUUGACUGGAUCACUCAAAAUAAACUGGAAGAAUCCAGUUUAAACUGGAACAUUGGCAACUCUGUGCAAGCGGAAUGUUUCGUCGAUGGUAGUUGUGUGUCAGCGAUCGAGUUUUUCGGAAGUAUUUUUCCAUUGCUGCUUCAUUCCAUUGGUGGAACAUUAAAAAGCAACACGAGAAGUGCAUUUUCUUUUCGAUACACUGUAGUUUUAUUGCUAUAGUCGAUUGUUACUGACUUAUUUUUAAUAUCAUUUAUGUUGAAUAUAGUGCUCAUUAAACCAGUAAGAGUGAAAUAAAUGUACCUGCUCUGUAUUUUGUACUUCAUUUACAAAACAAAGAAUCGCUCGGUGCAACAUGUCUCUCAACGUCUUUAACUCGCGUGUAACAUACCUGAAGAAGCUAUUAUUAAGUCGCAACGACAACAGCUCGCUACCGUUCUGCAACUGUGAGUAUCCAGCCGUGACAAGGUCGCGUCACACCGCACGAAAAGUCGAACGCUGCAGAUGUGGUGAAGAUACAUCUACCCAGCUUGACUGGAUUUGGGAAGAUGAGGGCGAGCGACCGGAGAGAAAAAUUAUCAACGGGACCGAGAUUCUGUUUCAUCUUGUUUACAGCCAGGGAACCGCAGUCGUUCGUGGAACAGAACCGUUAGAGCCCGGAAUGCAUCACUAUUGGGAAAUUAAAGUACUUAGCAGCCUGGCUGGAACUGAUAUAAUGCUAGGAAUUGGAACAGAAAAAGUCGAUUUGCAAGCGAACCUCUUCAAAUUCGCCAGCGUGCUUGGUUUGGAUGAUCAAUCCUGGGGGUAUUCCUACCGUGGACUUACUCAACACAACAGUCAGUUGAAACACUACGGGAAGAAGUUCAGUCAGGGUCGAAUAAUCGGCAUCUACGUUGAUAUGUACCGAGGAAUACUUGAGUUCUACCUGAACCGCCGAUCACAAGGUCGCGCAUACGUAAACAUUCCGCACGACGGUAAUACUCGCAUUUACCCCAUGGUCUGUUCAACAUCUGCCAAAUCAUCGCUUAAGUUGAUCAAUGCAUCCUCGUUUGCCGAUAGCCUAGUUUUCAGCUGUAUGAAGGUAAUCUGCAAAUACCCGAAGCUGCUGGAACAGGUCAACAUGGUACCAGGAUUACGCAAGUUGGCCGAUGAACUGUGGUUUCUUCAGUUCAAAGAACCCAAAAAGACUGAUGAGUUUCAACGUAAUAAUUUGCUGCUAGAAGACGAAGCCCUUUUGUGUGGCUUGAAGAAAAAGAAAUUAAAUGAAGCGCUUUCCCAUGUUGAAGAUAUUUCAGAGGAAAAAAUCUACGAGAAUAUGAUAGCAGAGGAAAACACGAAAACGCACAACGUGAGCACAGGCAGCAGCAGCAGCAGUAGUGACGAUGAAGAGCUAGCCAGUAUGAUUUCGAGAGAGUUUUUCUGCAAUCACUGAUGUGUUAAGUAGAGCAUUUACACGCAUUUUUUCUUCAAUGUUUUAUCAUAUAUGUAUAUAAAUCAAUCGUCGGCGAUUUUAUUCUCGUCCUUGUUAUAAAAUUUUGUGUUGAGUAUAUGUAAAGUUUGUGCCAUAUUUAAUAAGGUAAAUGACUGCCGUACAGUCGAAAUUUAUCUUCCUAUUCAUUCUUUGGAUCGAGUCUUAUUAGCUAAGAAUAUUGUGACCAUUGCCAGUACCUGCAUUCGUCAGGGAUACAAACAUGAAAUAAUACGUUUGGUAGGCAUCGGAGAAUUAAGUUACUAAAAUCCCACCGAUUAGUCGAGGGAAAAUUUAAAAAAAUAUUAGCUAUAUAGUUAAACUUGUUCACUAUCCGAACCUACAUAUCUUUUUAAUUGAUUGCGUUAUUCAGUAGGUACAUAAACUCGAAAAUAAACAGAUACUUAUUAAGGAAGAAUUUUUAUUGAAAAUUCACUUCACUCAUAGUGUCUUUAAUAAAGCUGCUUUAUACCCUAGCGCUAAUAAUACUAAACAACGGCAUAACGUGAUCCGAUCAGAAUUCUGACCAGAUUGCUCUUAAAUUUAAACGUAGAGUAUAAGUGAAUAUUCGCUACUCUUAUUAAUGCGUAUAGCCAGGGUUUUCAGUUCCUGUGCACUCGAAAGUUCAACUGCAAUCAACAAUUGGAUUCAAAUCCAAUAAAAAAUGGCGCAUAAAAACCUCAGAAUGAUAAACUAAAACUGAACUACGCAUGUCGACUUUUAUGUAUUAUUCAUACUAGUUACCAUAUGAUUCAAUAAAAUUAAAAAAGACUGAAACAA